AUGACAUUCUACGUUGUACCGGAGGUUGUAGCUCUAGAAUCGAAUGUACCUAAACUAAAUAUACCUAAACAUGUAAUAAUGGCAGACCCAGAAUACUUCAACCCGACGAACAUAGACAUUCUACUGGGUUCAGAAAUAUUCUGGGAGCUACUUGAACACGACCAAAUUAGUUUGGGUACAGGUUAUCCAAUAUUACACAAAACAAAACUCGGUUACGUAGUUGGCGGGCCUACCAUAGGGCUUAAUCAUAAACAAACAAAUUCAGUCAAACCAAUACAAUGUAAUCUGAUCGUGGACAAUACAGUACAGGAACAGCUAGCUAAAUUCUGGUCUCUUGAGGAGGUUCCGGAUAAUUCUAAGCAGGUCUAUUCUGUAGAAGAACGUUUAUGUGAACAGAAUUUCGUGGAAAACUUUACUCGAAUGCCAGAUGGGCGAUUUUCCGUCGCAAUUCCUCUCAAGAAACCAGAAUCAUGCUUAGGACACAUGUCUGAGACCAGAUCAGACACGCAAACCAACAAGAAGCCCUAUUUUUUGCCACAUCAUGGAAUUUUGCGCGAACAAAGCUCCACUACAAAGCUUCGUGCUGUAUUCAAUGGCAGUGCUGCCACGAGUUCAGGGGUCUCAUACAAUGACCUCCAAAUGGUCGGGCCCACUAUACAGAGUGAUUUAUUAUCAAUACUUUUACGAUUCAGGCAUUAUCCAUACGUUUUGACCGGAGACAUUGAGAAAAUGUACCGGCAAGUUUUAGUUCAUGAAAAUCAAAGACAUUUACAGCAAAUUAUCUGGCGGGAUGAUCCUACUAAAGAAUUAAAUUGA